AUGGAUAUGAAUCGGUCCCAUCUAGGGGUUCCGGGGGAGGUUCUGGAACGCAGACAUUCCGAUACAUCGGUGCCGCACACCCAUAUGGCGGUCUCUAAUCAAUCACCCAACGUGGAAUUCCCCCACCCUCAUUUCGCUGUCAUCUUUAUGGACCACAAUGGCAGGUACCAAUUUCAGGUUUCACCCUCAAUCGCUGGCUGUGGAGGAGCCAUCUUUACGCCAGAAGUGACGGACCGCUUCAUGGAAAUGACGACCCCAACUGGCCAACCUAUGCAACACAAUCAAACACAAUCCCAAAUGCAUUCACCUACCUCACCAUGGGGUGUGCAAUCAGAACAAGGAUGGAUGCAACCCGUUCAAACCCGCCCAGCUGAAUUAAUACCCUGUGAAUGGCAAUCGCAACACAAUCGACGGAAACGACGGGACAUGAAACGAACAAGUCUGAUUAGAACUCGACCAAAAUCCCCUUCGCCUCCAACUACACCCCCGCCCGGACGAAGUGUGCUUCGCGUGGGCAACUCGGCCCUCUUGCGGCGCUACUAUGAGAAAGCUUUUGAGGACUUUCAACAAUUGAACUGCCGUGCCAUCGCCAAGUCCUAUAUUAAAUUGGUAGAGCCUCGGAAACAGGUUCAUUACCCUUAUAACGGCAAGAGGGUAAUUGCUGGCGAAUCACAGAGCCAUGAUCCCGAGUCUACUAAGCCUGGCUGGUGGCCUAAGGGUGUAUUGCACAAGGAGCCUGAUCACCUGUUGAAGCGUGAUCGACUUCGUCUCCUCGUUCACAUUCUCUGCGAACUCAAAGACAGCCACGGAGUCACAGCUGAAAAGCUACGAGACGCAGGCCAAGAUGUGCGACGCCAAAUUACCCCAGCCAAUCGUAUCCAAGUUCUCGACGAAAUCUAUUUUGUGCGACAGAUGGAAGAGCGAUAUCUAGAUGGGGAGAUCGAUGCAAACACACUAGUCCAAGUAACACACACCCACCUCCCCGAAGCAAACUACCAAGCAACCGACCCCGCAACUUGCGUCCACGCCGCGCCCGCAACAUCAUUUGAUGACGACGACGAAGAGGACCAAGGACAAGAACAAGACCCCGAACGCGAACAAGACGAUGACGACCAGGACUCCGUCUCUGAUGCCGCGGCGCAGUACAACCACCCAGGCAACCAGGCUCUGCCACUAUCCCCCGCAACCAGUGACUCCAGUGGCUCGCAAAGUCCCACCAAUACCCACAGCCCGACUCAUAUCCACAGUCCACAUAACGGGUACGGGGCAUACCCCAUCAGUAUGGCACCGCCCGCUAUGAUCGCGCAGCAAUCACCGGCCAUUAAGCAGCAGAUGUUGCCAGAUCCGCUUCCACUUCAGAGUAUUCAGCACCCUCAGUCUGAUCCUCAUGCUCAGGCUCAGGCUCAUACUCACGCGCACCCGAUGUCGGGCUACUACGCGCAGCCAUAUGCGGCUACGGAGAAGAACACGGGAUAUUGGCCUAGUGUGCCACACCCGAUGCAAUAUGGGUACUAA